GCUAGUUGGAAAAAUCGAAGAAUAUGAGCUAAUCCUUGUAAGGGCGGGAAUAUUUGAUUUCCCGCCAAACCAACUGGAAAAGAGGUGGAUUUGUCCGAAGUACCUGUACAACUUGGGUCGUAAUUGGCGUCCUCUAAGAACGUGUCAGUACCCUCUACACUCUGGUACUGAAAAAGCGCUGAAAAAUCUUGACGUCGUAACUCUGCAGAUGUCUGGGCAUGCGCAAACAAAAUUUUUUGCAUAAUGGUUCCAAUAGGUUCAGGUAAAAUUAAUUUGGGUGAUGUUAUGACACGUUUAUUAAUCUAUUUAAUGUAGAGUGGGUAUAUUAAUGUUUAUGAUCCCGUGGUAAAAAGACAGAGAGAUCUUGCCUAAGGCGCUAGCCCCAUGCACGUGCAUGCAUGAUUUCUUUCAGCGCGUUUUGGAGAAUGUUGCAAUAGAAGGAAAUGUGUAAUUAUGUAUUUUCUUCUGUACAGCUGUUUGUUGUUCUUGUCUUAAAAAACAUGCGAAGAAGUUCGAGGAAAACCAAGGAUGGAUAGAACUAGAAAAUCAAGAAAAAGAUAAGAUGACAGCAGCUUGUCUUAACGACCAAUCACGGUGAGACGUGCUUCACUUGAAUAAAACCUCCCACCUCUGAAUAAUUGGAACAGUAAUUUCACUUAAAUUAAACAAGCAAGUUACGUUUUUUAUAGGAUAGACUUAAAUGUAUGUACAUUUUGUUUCUUAGGCUUGCUAAAAAAGUCGCUGAAAUGACCAUGAGCAACGUCAAACACUGGGAAUGCACCCCAGUUUCACCAACGACUAUGCCUGUACCAGCUGAAUGGACUCCAGGACAAUGGACGGGCGAAGAAGAAGAUUCUGAAGAAGAAUGCCGCCUAGGUGGAGAAGAGAACGAUUCGUUGAUGUUCCAAUACAAUGAAGCAUUAUCUCCUUUGUCGGAGAAAGUUAAUGUUAGAAAUUUCACCCCUUUGACCUUUCAAUUAAAUACAACGUGGGAGGAAGCAACACAGAAGGAAAAGGAAAUCUGCAUUGAUAAAGCAAUGGAAGGAUGCAAGAUCGUAUGCGAAGUAAUAGCACCAAAGGCUGGAGAUGAACUUUUGCAAUCGUGUGUGCAGUUACCCGACCAAGAGAUUGAAAAUGUUUCAGAUGAGCUGAUUACCCUUAUGCAAGCGCACAAAAAUGCUCCAACCAGAAAUUGA